AUGGGGAGGUCACCUGAACAAGACGACGACAUACGAAGACCCUGGGAGGCAUGUCGCAGAAGACGACGAGGUCGAGGCUCCUUCGCCAAGGGACGUGGAGCUGACGCGACAAUUUUUCUUUUGUUUUCCUUGUGCAGUCACCUGAACAAGACGACGACAUACGAAGACCCUGGGAGGCAUGUCGCAGAAGACGACGAGGUCGAGGCUCCUUCGCCAAGGGACGUGGAGCUGACGCGACACGCGGACCUUGGGUUCGGUUUCGUCGCCGGAUCCGAACGGCCCGUCAUCGUCAGGUUUGUGACGGAAGGUGGGCCAAGUGAUAAACUUCUCCAGCCUGGGGACCAGAUUUGGGCAGUGAAUGGCGAGGAUGUUCGGUGGGCUCCGCGGGACCGAGUGAUACAACUAGUGAGAGCCUGCAACAACACCGUUCUGCUGACUGUUUGCCAGCCAAUGCCUAGUUCUCAAGACCCUUCGACUGGCCGAGAUUUAUGGAAUGGCGGGGAUGAGGAAACGGGGUGCGCAUCGGGAGUUGGCGCGAUGAAGGGCGCCGGCGGGAGUUUGAUUGAAGGCAUUUGGCGUUUGCCCAACGGGACGUCGUCGACCCUCGACAUCUUUCCCGGGCUGCGUGUUUAA